CGUCUGCUCUGUGCUAAACUCCUCCGACUCCCACUGCGAGAAGGCAAGGAAAGAAAGGAGGCUUUGCGUGGCCCGUCAGCUGGCGACUUGGCCUGGCUAGUGGGUGAUGAGCAUGGCAGCCUUCAUCUCAUCGAUUUGCAGGGCCCUCAUCACAAAGGAGCGGUCCAUGAGGGGAAGGUGCUCUGCAUACAGCUUCUAAGCUCUGGAGAUCAAGGCAGCGAGUUUCUUUCUGCGGGGGCCGAUGGCACAGUAGUGCGCCAUCGGCUUGACUUAGAAGGCUGGACUCAGCUGGCAGCCCACCGGCCGGGAUGCGGCUUGCGACAUCUUGCGCACCUGUCGCUUAUGAAGGCUGCUGAGUCAGCUACUGCUUCCAACAUCCCGCCGCUCUU